GCAGCUAGGGCACAGCCAAGGCGCAGCCAAGGCGCAGCCAGGCCGUCCUCGUCCUCCCAGCGCCGCGUCCCAGCGCCGCGUCAAGCCGGCGCCGAGUCGCUGUAGUGCCGCCAGUGUGACCAGUGUGACCUGUGAAAGUGAUUCAGUGACCUCAGUGACCCCCAGUGACCAGCAGUGUGAAGCUCGUUGUGACCGGCAGUGUGACCCUUCCCGCCACCGGCGCGUGCCUCCGGAACCUCCCUCCAGCCCUCAGUGUCCGCGCCUCAUCAUCUCCCGCAGUGUGCCAUCCCCCGUGCGAUUCCUGGUCGUCGCCCUGCCCGACUCCUCGACGGCGUCCUCAGGCGGCAUGUCCGUGGCUGCAUGACGCGCGCCCCUGCCGGCCGGAGCCCCGCCCCUGUCACCAUGUUGGUGACCAGCCCGUCCACGACCAACUCUGUCACCGGGAAGUGCGUCACGGACUUCUCCGUCACCAGCAUCUGCUGCGGCCUGGCCAAGGCGCCCCGCUGCUCGCCGGCCGACGACGAGGGCCCCGCCGGGGCCCCGCGGCUCCACACCGGCGUCGCUGCAGUCACCAACAACAACAAUAACAACAAUAACAACAACAAUAUCAUCAGCAAAGGCGCCAUGGAGCUUCCCUCAUCCUCCCCAGGCAUCUUGCCGGGGUCGUCGCCGCCGGCGCACCAGGCCCCAGGCUCCACCCCGACGGGCAGUGCCUCCAGCGCCUCCAGCGGCUCCGGCUCGGCGUCUGCGCCCUCCGGCGCGGCCCUGGGGCCUCUCGGAGGCUCACCCAUCGGAAACGCUGCCCUCCGUGACCUCUGGGGGCAGGCGGCCGCCGCCGUGGGGGCAGCGGGGGCCCCGGGCGGCGCGCAGCACCCGCUGGCCGGCGUCCUGGGGCAGCAGCGGCUGCUCGAACUGAGUCGCUUCGGUCUGAGCAGGCAGCUGGAUCUCGCGCAGCACGUGCUGAGUCAGCAGGGCGCCGUCACCAAGCUCCUGGAAUACCGGAACGCGUGUGAUGUUGCAGGCACGCUGCGGCCGCCGGGCCUGAUCGGGGGCAGCAAGCCCAAAGUGGCCACCCCCACCGUCGUGUCCAAGAUCGAGCAGUACAAGAGGGAGAACCCCACCAUCUUCGCCUGGGAGAUCCGGGAGCGGCUCAUUUCAGAAGGCGUGUGCACCAACGGCACGGCGCCGUCCGUCAGCUCCAUCAACAGGAUACUGAGGAACAGGGCGGCGGAGCGGGCGGCCGCCGAGUUCGCCAGGGCGGCGGGCUACGGCCUCUACGCGCACGCGCAGCAGGUGCACGCGGGCGUGGCGGCGGGCGUGGCGGCGGGCGUGCACACCCACCCCGCCUACGCGGCGUUCCACUGGCCGGCGUCCGCGGCCGCGGCGGCCGCGCACCUCUGGCCGUCGUCCGGGGCGGGGGGCGCGCCGCCGGGAGCGCCGGGGUCCAUGCAAGGCGCUGGCGGCCACGGGGCCGCGCCGACACUGCCGUCGCCAGGGUCCACGCCGUCCAGGGCCACGCCGCCGGGCCUGCCCAUGGGCAUGCCCCACCACCCCAGCCAUCCCCACCACCUCGACCCCAACAUGGCGCUCAUGAGCCACAACGCGGAGCUCAUGGGGCUGCCGAGGCUAAUGGACCCCGACGACGCCAUGGGCUCGGACACCUCGGAGGCGCCCAAGUUCCGGCGCAACCGCACCACCUUCAGCGCGGAGCAGCUGCAGGAGCUGGAGAGGGAGUUCGACAAGAGCCACUACCCCUGCGUGUCCACGAGGGAGCGGCUGGCCGGCAAGACCAGCUUGUCGGAGGCGCGAGUCCAGGUUUGGUUUUCUAACAGACGAGCGAAGUGGAGGCGCCACCAGCGCAUGAACCUGUUAAAGCGCGCCGCCAAGGAAGCCCACGGAGCCCCCGGCGGAGCCCCCGGCGGAGCCCCAGCCCCCACAGCCCCCCCGGGCCACAGCCCCCCAGCCCCCUCGUCCGGUUCCACCCUUGGCUCGUCGCCCCCUCCCUGUACUACGGCGGGCUACGGGCCGCGCACUCUGAUGGGCGGAAGAAAUAGCGCGUUCCGGAGCCUGGUGCCCGCCGCGGCGCACAGCCCCCACAGCCCGCACAGCCCGCACAGCCCCUACGACAGCUCCGACUCGGAGGAGAUCAACGUGCACGAGUACGACGAGGACGUGUCCGACUACGAGAACAAGAUGCGCAGCCUGCGGCAGCACAUGGAGGCCGAGCAGCGCCUGGGCCAGCACCGCCGCCCCUCCGUGGACUCGAGCGACUCGGACUCGGACGUGGACGUGGACAGCAACCCGCUGUCCGUCGCCAACCUGCUGACGCGGAGGAGUCCCCUGGCCGACAGCCGCGCCGACGGACAGCCGCUGCAGCUCACCAAGCACGACCGCGAGAGGGACAGCUAGGCGUCCUGGAACUGUUUUUGAAAAAUAAAAAAAAAUCAACACUUUUUUGUUUGCAUGGGUCACCGAAAUGUUGGUGAUUCAGUGACCAUUUCGCGACUCGCGGUUGGUUCCACCGGUUGGAGCGGAAAUCGACUUGUUGUUUACUCUGUAUCGUUCGUAAAUGGGCAGCAGCAGCUUUAUCUCAACAAUAUUCCACUGAGAAAGUCUCUUUAAAAUUACGUGUCACAUCGAAGCAUUCGACUAUAGAUCAAAUACAUUUACUGUCACCCGCUUUUAUCAUCUGUUUCAACGCACAAGAAUAUACUGCUGGGACGCUUUUCCAUAAAUGUUGUUUUAGUUAUGAUGUACCUAGAAAGUAAUGGAUCCAAUGUAAAGGAAAGCUACCCCUGCGGGGAAGAUCAAUUAUUUAAAUACUAUACCAAACACUAUCUCCGUGAGUGAAAUGAUGUUCAAAUGGAAGUGGGAGCUCAUAUUUUCCCGCGUGUACGCCUAUUGUGAUUUGAGCACAUUUUAUUUGCGACUACCUAUGUAUUUCCGGCUGUGUAUACUAAUGUAGCAAAUUGUACAAAGCGAUAGAUUUAAAGUGAAUCAUAUUAAUAUAUAAUACAUUUCUAUUGUAAAUUCUCGACGUUUGCGGGGCUCCCGACGACGGAUAAUUUGACGGGAAACUCUAAGUUAUGUACGAUUUUUUUUUCUAUUGUGAUAAGUGUUGUUAUUUUAGGGAGGAUAAUAAAGAGUGCAAUUUGCAAAACAUUGUUCAUGAA